CAUUCCGGCUGCGAGGCUAAUGUCCAACAGACGAAGGAGACUUGACUAGCUCCCUGGUACAUGGUACUUAUCUUUUUGAGCUCAGAGGAGACUGAGUGAAGGCUGAAAGAUGGUCUGAUGGACCGCUGCUUCUUCCUGACCUUCCUCCUCUGCUCAGUGUUGUGGAUCUUCUUCUGGGAGGUGCGCUGGAAGAAAGGAAAAGAAAGUCAGAUUGAGGAAUGGCUUCAAGGACAUAGCCUUUCUCAGUACAGGCACUUAUUUGAAGAUGUACAGACACUGGAAGAACUGAGUCUGAGUGUACUGAGUCGCCUGGAAGAGGUAGUGAAGGAACAGCAGCGCUGGAGGCAAAUUGCAGAGGCCCACAUCCAGCUGCUCCGAGACUUUGCCUUCCAGGAGUGGCUUUGCUCUCAGAAGCUGGAGCACUAUUACCAUACGCUGAAGACCUUGGGUUGUAUGAAUCUAGAUGAUCUAUCCCAGUUUGACAGUCAACUGCAGCUGUCACUAGCUGCCUGGGGCUACUACUACGAAGAUUAUAUUAAGUUGUCCACAGGCAUCAAUAUCCUAAGGACCUCCAGGGGGAGUCGAGACCAGGACUACGAGAUCCGGCUGGUGCACAGCCUCGCUGAGAGGCGUCUGAAUGAGAAGUGGUCGAUUGCUGGAGCUCUCAUAUUUGGCUGUACUGUGGCACUGUGCUUCUUGAUAAGGGACCUCAUGUUUUACGUGAUUGGUGGAAUUACUGUUUCCAUCAUAGCGUUUGUCUUUACUAUCAAGUUCCUCUGUGAGCUUGCAGCAAGGGUUGUCAGCUUCCUGCAGAAUGAGGAUCCGGGGCGCCGCGGUGACCGCAGCAUCUAUGACUACGUCCGGGGAAACUACCUGGACCCACGCUCCUGCAAGGUGUCGUGGGACUGGAAGGAACCGCAGGAAGUCGGACAGACUAUGAGUUUCAGAGUACAGCUGUUCUAUAAGAAUGGCCAGCCUUUCCCGGCUCAUCGACCGGUGGGGCUGAGGGUCAACAUCACCCACAUUGAACUGGCUCUGGACAUCCCUGUUACACAGGAGGUUCUGCAGGAACCAGAGUCCAAUGUAGUUAAAAUGGCCUUCACGGUGCGCAAAGCUGGACGUUAUGAGGUUGCUGUCAAGCUGGGCGGCCUCAAUGUGGCUUACAGCCCUUAUUACAAGAUAUUCCAGCCAGGUACAGUUGUCCCAUCUAAAACAAAGAUUGCCUACCAUUUCUCCACGCUGGUCCUGGUUAAUGGACAGCAGCACACUUUGCAGAUUGAGCCCAGGGACGAGUAUGGAAACCCCACCAGUAACUCGACAAGUCUCACCGAUGAAGCGAACUACAGCGUCCAUGUGCACUCUCUGGGCACAGCAGACGACGACAGUCUGGAGGGAUGCUUCAGUAAAUCAGUGUCACUCAACAAGCAGCAGUGCCAGGUUCUGCUGAGACUGACCCUGAGGAAGGCAGGUUGUUUCAGGGCCCGCAUCUCCUACAAGGAUCAGCCUCUCAGCAAUGGGGAAUUUGAUGUUAUUGUUCUCAAUGAGAAUGAGAAGGCCUGUGUGGAGAAGAACGUGUCCACUCCAGGCAUAAGUAUCUACUUUGAGGCGUACCUAUACAGCAGCGGGAACUACAGCAGUUCAUCGUGGCAGUUACCAGCCUCCUCUCUGCUCACUCCCCAGCGGAGGCCCUCUAUGGGAGAAGAGGAGGACGAGCAUGACUCUCCUGUGGAGGGACAGCCUGAGAAGGUCAAGAAACCAAAAAAGGUCUACUGCUACAUAUCACCAAAGCAACUAUCUGUGAAGGAGUUCUACCUGAAAAUUAUUCCGUGGCGCCUUUUCACCUUUCGAGUUUGUCCAGGAACAAAGUUUACCUAUCACGGUCCCGAUCCUGUUCACAAGUACCUGACUCUCGUGGUGGAUGAUGGGAUCCAGCCUCCCGUGGAGCUCAGCUGCAAAGACAGGAACAUCAUGGCUGCCACCUUCAUCCGUUUCCUGCACAAGAACAUUGGUGGCUCUGAAACGUUCCAAGACAAAGUGAACUUCUUUCAACGUGAACUCAGACACAUCCACACCAAGAAACCUCGCACCAAGACCUGCCUAAAAAUCACGAGACACUCCAUUCUGGAUUCAUCCCUGAAGGCUACCCGGAACUUCUCGGUGUCAGAGUGGAGCAAAAACUUUGAGGUCGUGUUUCAGGAUGAGGAAGCUCUGGACUGGGGAGGUCCUCGCAGAGAGUGGUUUGAGCUGAUUUGUAAGACCCUCUUUGACACCUCCAACCAGCUGUUCACUCGUUUCAGUGACAACAACCAGGGUCUUGUGCACCCAAAUGCAGACAGGCCGCCCCACCUGCGUCUAAAGAUGUAUGAGUUUGCAGGCCGCGUUGUGGGGAAGUGCCUGUAUGAGUCCGCCCUGGGCGGAUCCUACAAACAGCUGGUCCGAGCUCGUUUUACACGGUCCUUCUUGGCCCAGAUCAUUGGCCUUAGGAUGAACUAUAAGUACUUCGAGACAGACGACCAGGAGUUCUAUAAAACUAAAGUCUGCUUCAUCCUAAACAAUGACGUGAGUGAAAUGGACCUGGUGUUUGCCGAGGAGAAGUACAGCAAGUCGGGACAGCUGGAGAAGGUGGUGGAGCUGAUUUCGGGAGGAGCACAAAUCGCUGUCACCAAUGAAAAUAAGAUGCAUUAUCUUAACCUGCUGGCCCAGUACAGACUGGCCAGUCAAGUGAGGGACGAGGUGGAGCAUUUCCUGAAAGGUUUGAACGAACUGGUUCCAGAAAACCUGCUCGCCAUAUUUGAUGAGAACGAGUUGGAGCUCCUGAUGUGCGGCACCGGCGAUAUAAACGUGCAGGACUUCAAGGCUCACGCCGUGAUUGUCGGAGGGUCGUGGCACUUCAGAGAGAAAGUGAUGAAGUGGUUCUGGGCCGUGGUGUCCAGCUUCACUCAGGAGGAACUGGCGCGUCUGCUGCAGUUCACCACCGGCUCCUCUCAGCUUCCCCCCGGGGGCUUCAACACCCUUUGCCCGUCUUUUCAGAUUAUUGCUGCCCCCACACACAGCACCUUACCCACAGCACACACCUGUUUUAACCAGCUGUGCCUCCCGACCUACGAUUCCUACGAGGAGCUGCACAAGAUGCUGAAGUUGGCCAUCAGCGAGGGCAGCGAGGGCUUCGGCAUGCUCUGACUCCUCCGUGGUUGCCGUGGUUCCACUAGGACACCAGCUCUACACCAGGUCCCGACCUACAAUUCAUCUCCAUCAAAACAGUCGGGCUUCUUGGUAAAGAAUCGCCCCGAACCCACUUUCUCUCUCCUUCCUCUCUCAGGAUGAGAGGCCAUUACUGGAAGUCACAGAGGGCUGAACUGGAAUCAGGUCUUGAUCAUGUGAACUUGAUCCGGUGCAAACGUAUGCGUAAUAAAAACUAUUUAGUGUUUUGUUUUUGUUUUUUGUAAAGAUAAAAGGACUGGACCUCGGACGGGUUGCGAAAGGCGAGCGUUGGGCUAGUUUUAUUUUUGAAAAGCUACACGUUUCGCUUCGUUUUUUUAUAUGUUUUGAAAGGCAAAUGACGAGCUAGCGCGAAGGCCUCUAGUAUUACUGCGUAUAAACGCUUCUCUCUGCAGUUUGACUAACUGAGGAAACACUUCAAUGCAGCAGCAGCAGCAGCCCACAGGUCGCGUGGGUGACGUGUGCAUCGACAGCACUUUGGCCUUAAUAGAUCAGGGACUGAUGUUUGUAUGUAAAUACCUAACGAUCACUCUUAUGUAGAUACUUGUGAUGUACAUACUGGCGCGUAUUCAUACUUUUUUCACCUCGUUGCUUCUUUUGACGUCAUGUUUCUUUGCCGUUACAUGUUUUUUUUUUUCCGAUGAGUUUCUAUGAGCGUUUUGAGACGAAUGGAGGUUUUUAAAAGAAGCCAAGUGAUUGCUGUUGUUUAUACAUGUUUUUAACUUAUUGUGUCUCGUAAAGAAGGAUUUGCGUUUGACCCAUAACUGCUGAAGCUAUGUCUGUUCAUGUUUUCUUAUGUCUUUAUAACCUGCCUUAUUCAUGCCCUUUGCCUCCGGGUGUGUGCAGAGACGAGCGUAGACGGUCGGAGCCGAGUCAACAGUCGUGGGUAAUGGUUCUGCAACGCUUCCAAACACAUUGGGGUUCACUGUGGACGCGGGUGUUUUUAAGAGAAGUGUCACAAACUUCCUAUCACGACAUAUGCCGACAUAUGCCGGAUGCUUUAUUCUGGAGUGUUUACCUCAGAAUCUGAUACGCCACACCACUGAGUCCUCUGAAGCAGGUGUAUGUGGUCAACUGUACAACCUUCAUCCUCUCCAAACUAAGGCAUUUCUUUCUGGUUUGGGAAUUAGUUUUUUUUUUUGUCAUUAUAUUAUUGUCAAACUAUUUAUUUUUGUCUUUAUCUUGAGCCAACAGACUUUUUCCUUUGUUUCUCUUUUUUCUGAAUGUUAAUGAGCCAUUUCAUAACGACGUGUGCUGCCAGUCAGAGUGUGUGUGUGUGUGUUGCUCUGCUUGUACAGAAAAAGGAAACUGAAUAAUUAGUCUCAUUAGCGUUUAAGUUUGAACACGUUAACGUUCCCCAUAGAGCGCGCUCUGAGUUCAGCUCCAUCCCUCACUCUCCUCGCACGGCUGGCAGUGAACGUUUCACUCGUGCACUAAAGAGAGUUAACUUUGUCGAACGGCAAUGAUGUCACUUUUUUUUGGAGUUUUGGUGGAUUGUUUCCACUGAUUCAACACAGCCAAUACAGUGGGAUUUGAUUCUUGCUCUUUAACUGGACUUUUACAGUGUUAAGGAGGGGUUUUUGUCGGCGAGUUUAUGGCUCCGUGUGUUUUGGGUUGUGCAAUGUUGACCUGGUGUUCUGCGGAGAGCAGUGAAAAGCUUUCAUUCAGAGUUUGAUUUAUCCAUCAAUACCAAACUGGCCGGCAUCAUAUUUAUCCGUAGCAAGUGUAGUUGACGCGUUAGUUAGAUUAGAUGACUAAUAUAAACGUAUAUUAGUAAAUAAAGAGGUCUGUUCUGUAGUUUUAUGUUUUUCACGAGCAUCUACUACUGUAUUUAAAGUUUGGAUGUUGAUGAGUGUGACUUUUAGCGAUGUAGAUAUUGUGAAAUAUUUGACUUUAAAGCUGGGGUACUUUAUUUCCUUUUCUUUUUUUUUAAAUAGCAAGUCUCUGCUGAUGAAUGUUUGAGAUUCUCUGCACUGCAGGUCCUUUGUUUAUGGGAAUAAAAAAAAAAAAAAUGAUGGACCAGA